AUGAUCACUGCAACACAUAAAGAAUUGAAAACUAUUCAAAAUAAUAAUUCUCUGUUUCAAUUAACCUUUGAAACUACAAUCAAAGUAGUUUAAAAUUAUUAAGAUGGUAAAUUAUAACAAUGUGAAAAUAAAUGCAAAUAAGUUAGAUAAUUAGAUUAAAAUCCAUUAAUAAAAAGUAACUUUGCUUUCCAACCUUAAAAAAUUAAACUUAAAUCUUAAACUAAAUCAUUUACAUUAAAAUACUCAACUUAAAUUUAAUAAAAUGUAAAAUAGGAUAAUUUAAAUUAAUCAUUUAAUGAAGUAGAUCAAUUAAUAUAAAAUUAUAAGAAUAAAAUAAAAAUGACAGAAUGCAUAACUUUAAUAAAUUAAUGAAGUACAUUAAAAAUAAAUAAUAAUAAUAAGAAAAAAUACUUGCAAGUAGAUCAUCAAGCCAAGAAUCAGUUUCUAAAGAAUUCUCUGAAUAUAAUUUAGUACCAUAUACUAAGAGUUUUGGACUAAACAAAGAAGAUAAGGAUCUAAACUCAUAUAUAAAUAAAAAAGAUUUAAAUGGAUAUAAAAUUUAAGAGAUAAUUCCUUGUGUUUAAGGCGAUGAAUUGACAAAAAUAGGCCAAAAUGAAGUAAAAUUAGUGUUACCUAAUGGUUCAAUAUCCAUUAUUGAUUAUUUUAGUCAUCAAAAUGAACUAAGAUAUGAUAAAUUUCCAAAAACGAUUUAAGAACUAAAAAUUGGGAAUUAUUAGGAUUAAAAUAUAUGUGAAAAGUAAUAGAGAGUAUAGCUAAAUAAAAUAGAUAGCAAGUAUUAUCAGAGUAAAUAAUCAAGAGAGAUUGUAAAAGUAAGAGCAUCAAAUAGAAUAAGUGAAGAACUAUUAAAAGAUCAUAAAAAAUUAGAAGAUAAAUCAUUAGAUAUGAAUACAUAUUUGAUGCAUUUUGAACAAAUUACGGAAUCAGAAUACUUUUGCAAUUUAGAUUAGAAAAGAUUAUUUUAAACUAAAUAAAACCAAAUAAGAUGA